AUGACCUUAGACAAGCUACUAGAAUGUGGUGAGAGAUCCAUUUAUGAGGAAAGGACUCAACAUUCUCGAAUCAUAGGAGGACAGGAAGCCAAGGUGGGUGAGUUUCCAUGGCAGGUGAGCAUUCAGGAAAGAAACAAACAUUUCUGUGGCGGCUCCAUCCUCAGCGAGUGGUGGAUUCUCUCUGCGGCCCACUGCUUUUAUUCUGGAGAGUUUUUACCAACGGAACUGAGAGUUGCGUUGGGGACCAAUGAUUUAACCAACUUGCCCACAGAACUACAGGUCAUCAGCGUAGUUUGGCACAAGGAUUUUGAAAGACUCACCAUGGACAGCGAUAUCGCUUUGCUACUGCUGGCCUCCCCCAUCACAUUCAGUGGCCUGACAGUGCCCAUCUGCAUGCCCCCCCAGCCUGCCCCUUCCAGAUGGCACGAAUGCUGGGUGGCAGGAUGGGGCAUGACCAAUUCAGUCGACAAAAACUCUAUGACAACGGACCUGAUGAAAGUGCCGAUGCUCAUCAUAGAUUGGGAGGAGUGUUCACAGAUAUUCCCAAAACUCACCCAGAACAUGCUGUGUGCUGCCUACGAGAAUGAGAACGAGAGUUAUGAUGCCUGCCAGGGCGACAGUGGGGGACCACUCGUCUGCAACAUAAAGCCUGGCAGCAAGUGGUACCAGGUGGGCAUCAUCAGUUGGGGAAGGGGAUGUGGACAGAAAGGCUUCCCAGGAAUAUAUACCUUGUUGGAGAACUAUACCCUGUGGAUUGAAAAAGUGGCCGAGGUGGAGGGAAAGCCCUUGAACACUAGGGCAAUAAGGGCACCUGUCAAGAAGAAACUCGGUGAACGAACCCAGGCCUCCAAAUGCCCAGCACUGGGCAGCCCCCAAGACUGGCUCCUUCCCUGUCUUCUGUCUUGUACACUGCUCAGAGCCUUGUCCAACUGA